AUGGAAAUUAAUGUGGGAUCAAGUAGCAGUGAUGUGAGAUCAGUUGAGCUGAGAAGGAAAUUGCAUCUGAGAGUUAAAAUGGCUGACACGGCUAGUCUGAGAGGGUUAGGAAAGAAGCUAAAGACAGUCCAACAACUCACUUUAUUGGCUCCGACCUUAGAGGAAUUUGAGCAAAUUCUAGACUUGCCUUUGGAGGGUCGACAGCCAUAUCGCCCUAUGGAACAUCAUGCAUCUCUGCCGACUAUCGCCAAUGUCUUAAGGAUUCAUCCAGCUGAGUUACAACAAGCUUAUCAAGAAAAACAUCAGAAUAGGGGAUUCACAAGAGAAUUUCUUGAGCGACAAACGUAUAAUUUGGCAGAAAAAGAAGAUUGGGAGACUUUCAUGGAUGUCCUAGCACUCACCAUUUAUGGCAUUGUCCUCUUCCCUAAGCAUGACAACUUUGUGGAUUUAGUAUCAAUAGAUGUGUUUCUUGCAUGCAAAAAUCGAUCUGAAAAUCCUGUCCCUGCACUACUAGCUGAUGUUUAUUGUACACUGAGUUUCUGCCAUGAAAGGAAAGGAAAGAGGAUUAUAUGUUGUCUACCUAUGCUUUAUAUAUGGCUCACAACUCAUGUCUUUAAAAGGCCAAGUGAGAUCAAGUGUCCGAUAACUAAUUUGCUGAGGUUUCAGACUAGGCAGAAAAAUGGUCAAGAGUGGGCUAAUCACUUAGCCAGUGUGAAUGAAGGACACAUCAGGUGGCACACUCCAUGGCAACAGUCAACGACCAUUAUUUAUCACUGUGGCAAUUACCCAAAUGUUCCUCUUAUGGGUACUCGGGGUUGUAUUAAUUACAAUCUAAUUAUGGGACAACGUCAACUCGCUUAUCCUAUGAUGGGACCACCUGCUGAGGAAUUGUUGGUUCCUUUUGUUGUCUAUUAUGAAGAUGGAAAUUUCAUCGAGCUUAUCCAAAAGGCAAGGAAUGCUUGGGCAAAGGUUGUUCGAAAAGGAAAAGAGUUAGGCGUGAGAAGUUGUGCAGCGAAAGCAAGUUACCGUCAAUGGGUUAAAGAAAGAGUCCAAGAGAUUAAGUUGCCAUUCAAAGAUCCAAGUACCUCCCAAGAAAGUGAGCCAUCUAAUCCAGAACCCUUUGAGAAUGAAGAAGUAAAAGAAUUAAAGAAGUCUGUGCAAAGCCAUGCAGCCAAAGUUCAACGUUACCUUGAGGCUGCAAGCAAGGAAUUGGGAUUGAGGGUGAAGGAGCGAAAUGCAGCCUUAUAUGAGAAACGACAACUAAAGGGUGUAUUAUACAAUGCAAAAGGAGAUAAAGAAGAAGCUUUGACUCAAGCCAAUGAACUCCAAACACGAGUGCAAAACAUGGAAGAGCAGAUAAAGAAAAUUGUCAUGGCAUGCGAGGCUGAAAUUAAUGCUGAAAAAUGGGAAGUGAUUAGAAUCAUGAAAGAAUACAAAGCUAUUGUGAAAGUGAAAGAUGGUCAGAUAGAAGAAGGAGAUAAACUCAUUGAGUAUUAG